CCACUUACUGGUUGAUGAUUUAUUCUUGGUCUUACAGGUGUUAAAAGAUUUGUCUAUAUCUCUGCUGCUGACUUUGGUGUAGUAAAUUACUUACUGCAGGGGUAUUAUCAAGGAAAGUGUCGUAACUUAUGCAGAAAGCUGCUGAAACAGAGCUCCUGAGCAAAUUUCCAUAUGGAGGAGUAAUUCUAAGGCCAGGAUUUAUUUACGGUACUCGAAGUGUUGGGAGUAUGAAGUUACCCCUUGGUGUAAUUGGAUCUCCAUUGGAGACGGUUCUUCAAGUUGCUAAACCAUUAAACCAGAUCCCACUUAUUGGACCUCUAUUGACACCUCCUGUCAAUGUUACUGCGGUGGCAAAAGUUGCUGUUAGAGCUGCUACUGAUCCUGUUUUCCCACCGGGGAUCAUAGAUGUCUACGGAAUACAACGUUACAGUCAGCAUAAAUCAAACUAAAAAUAUCUUUAUUUUGUUCUCUGGGUCAAUCUAAUAUGGAGCGAUUUGCUUCUGAA